GUCGUUUCCAAAGCUCCUUCAAGCUCGCUAUCAUCAAGCUUUGCCCUGUCCACCUGAAAAAGUCACAAGUUAAUUAAUAUUGCGGCGCAUAUUGAAGCCUCCAUUGCAGCAGCAGUCACAAUAUUACCGAACCUUGGAAGUUUCAACAAAAGAGAGACAGCCCCCAAUCCAUCGGUAACCAAUGUCUGGUGCUACGGUUCAUACGCAGCGGCUGCUCAUGCGGCCUAUCUCGCCAUUCCGGUUUCGAACCUCACAUUCCUCUGCAUCCUCGCUACGAGCCUACAGCGCACAACCUCCAAAGGGACCCAACAAUGCUGUUAAGUUCUGGCCUUUCAUAGCUAUCAUCGGUAUAGGAUUUGCGAGUUACGCCUACAUGGCGAAGGCGAGAGCAGCGGCCAAGACCGCACCGAUGAAAAAGUUAUAAUAACUUCUGCCGGCAUGUUUCCAAUGCUGUGUAUUAUAUGACGAUUAUUCAGAUCCAUAUGAACGAAGGAAGAAUUCUUCACUGUAUCACCAACUGGGUGUACUUACAACUUACCACCAACCCCCCUAUUACCUGUACUAUUAGUACAUAUUACAUAGGUAGCUCACGAAUAACGAUUCUAUGCAAUCCAUUAAGUAUUUUUAA